UCGCAAUACAUGCUAUAAUUCUUUUACUUCGAGCAAACAUUUUGGAGAAUACCGUCAAAAUUGUGGCUGCAUUUUCUAUGUUUAAUACGAAAUUUCAAUCAUUUUUGGCCAACUUUCAACAUUCCCUUUAGAAAUGAUCUAAAUAUACUAUAAAUACGUGUCCCAAUUAUAUCCACAUAAAUAUAAAACACAACCAUCAUGAGUUUACAGUGGGCGCUGAUCGCAGGGUUUCUAUAUGGAGAAAUUGCUUUGGUACUACUAUUAGUACUGCCAAUCGCAUCUCCAACUAGAUGGCAAAAGAUCUUUAAGUCUAGAAUUCUGCAGACAUUAAGUAAUCAAGCAUCUGCGUAUUUCCUAAUUCUGCUUGCUGUACUAAUUUUAUUUUUAUUGGAUGCUAUUAGAGAAAUGCACAAAUAUUCCUCAAUUGAACAUGGAGGGGAACAUGCGCAUUUGGAUGCAGAAAUGCAAGGUAACAUGAGAUUGUUUAGAGCUCAAAGGAAUUUUUAUAUAUCUGGUUUCGCGUUGUUCUUAUGGCUUGUUAUACGGCGUCUUGUGACCCUAAUUUCCACGCAAGCUACUCUAUUAGCACAGAGCGAAGCGGCUAUGCGACAAGCUCAGUCCGCAACAACAACCGCGAGAAGCUUGUUGUCCCAAAAAACAGUCGAAGAAUCUGCGCAAAAUGAUUCGAAUCAGGCACACAAUAAAGCUGUAUCCGAAUUGAAAAAUCAGCUUAAGGAAUUACAAGUAAAGAAUCAAGAAUUUGAGAAUCAAAUCACCAAAGAAAAGAAAGACAAAGAAGCAAUAAAGACGCAAGCUGCGUCGCUUGCUAAAGAAUAUGAACGCUUGUGCGACGAACAUGCCAAAUGUUCUGCGUCGAGUGGUGAUAAGAAAAGCGAUUAAAUUAUACCUAACCUUUGUUUUCCAUUAUCUUUUUAAUCGUGUUAUCAAAUAUAAUUUAUAAAUUUUCCAUAAAACUAUCUCAUGGUUAUUAUUUCAUGUUAUAUAGUUUUCUUAAGAAGUAAUUUAAGCUAAGUAUUAUUUCGUAUUUAUACUGUCGGUUUAAUUCUGAGGGAAUAAUAAAUUUGUAUUGAACAGAUA